AUUGUGCGACGAAUUCAAAACGAACGGCUUUUGAUAAAGGUUCGUUCGAAUUUAAUAGGCGCGAUUCGUUUAGUUGCGUCGCAUCCAUAGACGAGUGUUUUUGUUUUUCCUGGCGGUGGUUCGUUCAUGUCGGUUCGGGGUAUGAGUGGCUGUCUUAUUUUGGAUUGAGGAAUCGAGGCAUUUUUGUACUGGUGUGUUGCAUGAUUACAAGAAAGAAAAAAUUUAAUUUUUUUGUUUGUUGAAAGAGAAAGAAAAUUGAUAAGUUGGAAAAACGAAGAAACUCAAUAAACGGAAAAUUCGUAUUAUGUUCACAUAAAGCAUUAACAAUACAAAAAAAAUCAACUGUUCCGAGAAAUCGUUUGGCAGGCGUUUUUCUUUUUGCAUUAAAAAAAAAUAAAUAAAGAGAGAAAAUGAUGUUCACCACAAGGAAUAUGAUUUGUUCUAAAUGAUCAUUUGAAUCGUUAAAUUUGUUCGUUUAAUUUUAUUUUUGUACAAAGAAUAGAAGAAAAAACAAACGGAAAGUGUGUUGUGUAUUGUUUCCGAUUAAAAAAGAAUUUUUUGUACAACAAAACAACAAAAAAUCAUAAAUCAAACAAAAGGAAAAUAUUCAAGUGAAUAAUUGUGUGAUUGACGAAUUUUGUUAAUCUUUUUUUUUUGAUUGGUGCAGUGCAAAACGUAUCGGAUUCAUUUUUUAUAAUAUUCAUUCAACAUAACUACGAAAACACAAACAAACAUAAAAAUUGGAUUAAUUCACUGCUUCAAUACUGGCUAAUCGGAUUUCUAAAUUAUAAAAUUAUAAAUGGAAGCACGAAAAAGGAAGUGGGCUAAUAAAAAUGCCAAUGGCGGUCGAAUCGAUGAUCAUCACACAUCCGAAGUGGUAGCUGUUCCUUAUUUUAAAUACAAAAGUGGAAGAGGACCAGUACUGCGAUCGAGCGAUCGUCGUCGUGCACAAAGUCUCUCCUCUUCCCCACAGCUAAUACCACGCGUCGUACUGUCACGACUGGAACAGCGUGACUUUGACCGUUUACGCUUAUCAUACAAAGUUACAAUAUUGGACCAGAGACGCACACGCAGCAGCCGUGGCAUGAACAUGGGACAAAAAAUAUCGGGCAGUGUCAAAUCAGUUAGCCGGGAAUCACCGGCUCCAUUUAAACCAAUUAUUCCAAGAGAACUGGCCGCCGAUUUUACACGGCCAGCACGCUUAGAUAUACUAUUAGAUAUGCCGCCAGCGGCACGUGAUACACAAAUAAAAUACUCAUGGAAUGCAGAAGAUAGAUCGUUAAAUAUAUUUGUGAAAGAAGACGACAAAUUAACGUUUCAUCGGCAUCCUGUCGCACAGAGUACAGACUGUAUUCGAGGUAAAGUUGGCUUCACCAAGGGCCUUCACGUGUGGGAAGUUUUCUGGUCGACGCGACAACGUGGCACCCAUGCCGUUGUUGGCGUUGCAACUGCCGAUGCACCAUUACAUUCUGUAGGUUAUCAAAGUUUAGUCGGUUCGACGGAUCAGAGCUGGGGCUGGGACUUGGGCCGAAAUAAACUGUAUCACGAUUCCAAAAAUUGUGCUGGCAUCACGUAUCCUGCGAUAUUGAAACCAGACGAAGCAUUUUUAGUGCCCGACAAAUUUUUGGUCGCAUUAGACAUGGACGAGGGAACGCUUAGUUUUAUCGUGGAUGGCCAGUACCUGGGUGUUGCGUUUCGCGGCUUGAAGGGAAAGAAAUUGUAUCCAAUUGUCUCAGCAGUUUGGGGCCACUGUGAAAUUACAAUGAAAUACAUUGGAGGUUUGGACCCUGAACCUCUACCAUUGAUGGAUCUCUGUAGACGUGUCAUACGCCAAAAAAUUGGUCGACAUCGAUUAGACGACAGCAUACAACAGCUUCAAUUGCCCGAAUCGAUGAAAACAUAUUUAUUGUAUAGGGAUCGUAGGUAAUAAUAAUCUCGUAGAAUUUAAAAUGAGCAUCAGAAGAAGAAGAAGGAGAUGAAGAUAAAACCACAACCACAACAAGAGCAACAACAACAAGAUGAAAAAAAUCAAUAUUUGACUAAUUUACUUAUUUAUGUGGAAUGGGAAAAGAAGCACACAAUGGAGCAUAAAUGUAAGGGGGGAAAAAUUAAGAAAAUCAGAAAAUUAAUUAUUUUUUCUUCAAAAAAAAUGUUCCACUUUUGGGAUUUUGGUCAGUACAGCUGAGCAGGAGAUGAAUUUCCAUUCGAAUCAUUGUUUUUCUCUCUAUCUGAAUUUAAUGCAAAAAGAAGUUUGUUACAAAGAAGAACAAUAUAUUUUCAGUUAAAAUAAAAAUUGGUAAAAUUUCAUUGACGACAUUCAGUAAAAGACAUUCUUGUUUCGUGUUUUAAUCCACAAACCAAAAUGAAGAAGAAGAAGAAGACAAACUUCGGGUCAUCGAAAAGAAGCAAUUUAUUCCUCCGAAACUCCCUUUCACACACCCCCCGAGUCACCAAUUCUUUUCUCAUAAAAUGAUCGAUUCAUCUGCUGAUUCUCGGUUGCUCCGAAAUAAUAAAAAAAUGGAAGAAAAACGAAACAAUGGAAAAUCUGUGUGAUGUUCAGUGAUUAAUUAUUUUUCUAAUUGACGAGCGAAAGAGAGUGGUGAAGAAGAAUGGAAAAGAAAAUUGGAAGAGAAAACUAACGAAAGUUUGGUUUUUUGUUUCGCAUUUUUUUUUUAAGUCUUCAGGGUUGUUUUGCGUACGAAUUGUGUGACCGAGAUGCAUAAAUAAAGCAAGAAAAAAAAUAUUUGAGGAAAAUUUACAUUUAAAAAGAUGAAGAAUUCGUAGAGACAUUUAAGCUUUAAAUGUAAAAUAAAAAGAAAAAAAUUUAAAUUUAAAUUACAAAAUGAAAACAUUUAAAAAAAACCAAGACUAAAAAUGUAUUAUUUAAAACAAAAAAAAGUUUUUUUUUAGUUUAAUAAAAAUAAAAAAUAUCUUAAAAAUAAUACAACGGAAAAAGUCUUCUCAUUAAUUAAACAAAAAGAGUAAAGAAAAUACAUUGAGUAAUUUAGCAUCAUAAAACAAGAGAUAAGAAAUUUAAAAAAAAAAGAAAAGAAAAAAUAUUCAAUAAAUUUACUAAAAAAAAAAAUUGAAGAAAAAAAAUUGUAAAAGGAAAGCAGAAGUUAUCGCAAGAUCGUUUAUAAGUUUAAGUAUAAUGUAAAAUAUGAAAAUUUUCAGCAAUAUAAGAAAUGCAACUGACAAAUUGUAUAAGUAUAAUGUAAAAAAAACAGAAAGAAAUUAAUUAAAACAAAAAAAAUUAAAAAAAAUUUAAAUUUAACACGAAAAGCCUAACAGAAUGAGUAAAGAAAGAAAAAGAAAAAGUUUAAAAAAGAACCCAAUGAAUCUACGGAGACAAAAUGAAUUGUAAAUAAAUAAUUUGAAGUCUAAAUAAACUAUGAAUUACGGUUAAAAUAUUAUCUCAGUUUUUAUAUUUUCUUUUGUUUAAUUCUAUUUUUUUGACGGAUUUUUUUGUUUAUUAUUAUUUUUCUCGUAUUUUAUUUUAUUAUUUUAUUUUUUAUUAUUUUUCGAUUCCUAUUUUGGAAUCAGACCCGUACGAAGUACGCCUAAAAUACGUAAAUUUUACCUUCCACCAAUACUACAACAACAAACCAAAAUUUAUUCGUUCACCAAGCUCACUACCAUUCCGAUAUUAUGCUCAUUUACCGACAACAGAUUCUGAUAUCAAAAUCAGGUCCAAAUUUCAUAGUUUUGAUUUUAAUGAACUAUCGGGAUCAGAUGUCAAAUAUCACGAAUUCUAGCAUCUAUCCAUUAAUAAAAAGCAUGGCCUUCAAAUACCCUAAUUACCUCUACAUCCCCUUUCAAUAUAUUGAGAGAAAACUGAGCCCCACAGUACAACACUUUUAAUUUAAAGCACAAAAUAGCACCGCCACGCCUUGUGAUCCUAAAACUAUUUUUAAGCCCCUACAAAACGACUACUUUCCAUUUUAAAGUAAAUACUGAAGCGCAGUGAUUUGAAUUGAGAAAAGAAGUCGAAGGCGUUUCAUAUACUUCGAAUGCAAUCCAGAUCUUUAUUAUACUACCCCGAACCGCAGUAAAAUUUCUGGAAAAUCGACUUUUAAUAUUCGGCCUUAUCAGAGUGAUAAUCGCAGGUUUAACAGGGCUGUUCCAAUAAAUUGAACCAUUUUGUGUGUGUGUGUGUGUGUGUCAAAUAAUUCGGCCUUAGCAGUGAUGAUGGCAGGUUUCGCAGGGCUCUUCCAAUAAAUUGAACCAAUUGGUGUCACACAAAGAAUUGAGGCUUCUUUGAAAGAAAAUGUAAUACCUAUGGGUCUCCCAAUGGUUCGAAGAAAACUGAUCAGGUGGCCUAAUUGUGACAUAAUGAUAUUGUGACUUUGCUGCAGUAAAGUGUAAUGAAUUCUACAAUGAGUUAGUGAAUGUCUCGACUGACCACGUAUAAAAUAGUGGAUGAUAAAAAUGUCUUCACAAAAAAUUAAUGAGUGUCCUUCGGCCUUCCAGUCAACAUGACAGUUUUUAUUAGAAAUUGAUGACAAGUCGAGACGUACGGGUCUAUCCAUGAUUGACAAAGACACCAUUUUAUUCCUUGCUGGUUUACCUUUUUGAUUUUAUUAAAAAGUUUUUUGUUUUUGUUUUUAUUUAGAAAAUGAAUGGAUGAGAAAUGAGAAAACCGUAUUAGAGCGUCUACGUAUUCGUCUACAAAAAAAAAAUAAUUCACAAAACAUUUUUGAUUUUGGCUUAUUCGUUUUAUCUUUUUUUUUUUUUUUUAUUUUGAGGAACGUCGUACUACGAUUCCACAGAAAUGGCAUAUAGAUUUAUUGUGGACAAUUUUUUUUAUAUUAAAAAUAGAAAUUUAGUUUCAUUUUCCUUUUUUUUAAAUAGAAUAAUUAUUUUUUUUGAUAGCCUAAUUUCCUUUUUUUGUAUAAAAAUCUAAAUUGAUGAUAAAAGAAAAAUUGAAGCAAAAAAACAAAUUGAAUGGAAAAAGAUAUUUGAAGGAGAGCGAACUGCAAAACGAGAAACGAAUGGAAGAUAUAAAAUUACUAUGUAAAAAUUUGAUUUUUUUUGUGUAUGUCAUAUUGCACACAAUUUAAAUAUUAAUUGAGUGAAUUAAAUAUUGUGAAAGAAAA